AUGCUUUCGAUAUUUCUUUCAUCAAUAUACAUCAGCAUUGAACUAGAGAGGCUCCGCAUUUUCUAUCUAUCUUACACUGUUCAUCUAUCUAUCUAUCUAUCUAUCUAUCUAUCUAUCUAUCUAUCUAUCUAUCUAAACAUUUUUAUAUCUUUUUCUGUCUGUUCACAUCUUUCUGUCUAUCUAUCUUAUACAUUUUUGAAUCUAUCUCACUCUUCGCAUCUAUCUAUUUACCUAUCUAUAAUAUGUUUUAUAUCUUUCUCAUCUGUUCACAUCUCUCUCUCUCACUCUCUCUCUAUCUAUCUAGCUAUCAAUCUAUCUUAUCCAUUUUUAUCUCAGUCUCUUUACAUCAAUCUAUCUAAAUAUUUAUCUAUCUAUCUAUCUAUCCUAAUAUUUUUAUAUGUUUCUCAAUCUAUUCACAUUUCUCUAUCACUGCCUAUCAAUCUAUCUAUGUAUUUCUCUAUCUCAUACAUUUUUGUAUCUAUCUCAGUCUCUUCACAUCUAUCUAUCAAAAUAUUUAUCUAUCCUAAUAUUUUUAUAUGUUUCUCAGUCUGUUCACAUCUCUCUAUCACUGCCUAUCAAUCUAUCUAUCUAUUUAUCUCUCAUACAUUUUUGUAUCUAUCUAAAUCACUUCUCAUGUAUCUAUCUAUCUAUCUAUCUAUCUAUCUAUCUAUCUAUCUAUAUAUAUAUAUAUAUAUAUAUAUAUAA